UUCUUCCUUGUGCCUAUAUAUAAUGCUUACACUUUCUCAACCAACAUUCUCUAAAUAACCGGCCACUCCACCACAUACAAAACAACAUCAUGGCCGUCAAGGAAUGCGGUCACCAUGACCAAGACGACAACCGUCUCGUCCGCCUGGUAGUUGCCGGCGUCGCCACCUUCAUUAUCCUCAUCCUCUUCGUCAUCUUCUUAAUCUGGGUCAUCCUCCGACCCUCCAAACCCCACUUCAUCCUCCAAGACGCCACCCUCUUCGCCUUCAACCUCUCCUCCUCGCCGGCAACACCGACCGCCAUUGAACCUCCUUCUUUAACCCCCAACACCAUCACCAUCACCAUGCAGGUCACGCUCUUGGCUCGCAACCCCAACGACCGAAUCGGGAUAUACUACCACAAGCUAGACGUGUACGCGUCGUAUAGGAACCAGCAGAUCUCGCUGGGCACGAUGCUUCCGUCGACGUACCAGGGGCACAAGGACGUGACGCUGUGGUCGCCGUUCUUGUACGGAACGGCGGUGCCGGUUUCGCCGUACGUGUUGCAGUCUCUGACGCAGGAUCAGAAUGCGGGGGGAGUGCUGGUGAACGUGAAGGUGAACGGAAGGGUGAAAUGGAAGGUCGGGUCCUGGGUGUCCGGCAAGUACCAUCUCUACGUCAACUGUCCGGCCUAUAUCAGGCUCGCCAGAGACGGGAUCGGAUCGGCGGCCGCCGCCAUCAAGUAUCAGAUUAUGCAAAGUUGCAGCGUCGAUGUUUAAUUAAUUAGCCCAGAGUAAUUCGCUUACUGCUACCUAAUUCCAAUUAGCUCGCAAUAUGGUUACUACCUUCUUAUUUCUUCGAUAUUCUAUAUGCCAUUUUUAGCUCUGAUUGAAACUAAUACUCAUAGUCUGGGUUGUUCCGAGAAAAUCUUGUGAAAUUUCCCCUUUAAUCUUAUUGAUGGAUCACAAUUAAUA